AUGUCUUUGUCGACAACCAGCCAUAUCAAGAGCCAACUAACGAAUAAUUUAGCCUCGAAAGCACCCAUAUACUUCACAUGCCUCCAGAAAUUUGUAACUGGGCGAAUAUCUCGCACAGAAUUCGACGACACCUUAAAACCCAUUCUUGAUGCUCCGUACCUAAUUCAACUUCACAAUGCCCUCAUCAUCUCUCUCUUUGAUGCUCGCAGUCAUAAACGGCCUGUCACCCCGCCCCCGGACCAACCCAAGCCACCACCACGGAAACGGCGGCGAACACUUCCGUACCAAGGUCCGGAUACGGCAGACGAGGAUCUUGGUUCUCGGUCAUCACGAUUAAAGAGAUGGGCUAUCUCACUUGGGAAGGCCGAACGCGAACGUAUCCGAGCUUUACCGUCUGUCCCUCCAUUGUACGAACCUAGAAAAGAGAUCACGGAAGAGAUUCAAAGAGAGAGACCUCUGUAUCUACCGAAAGAACGUGAUGAACCUCCUGGUUCCCGUCCUUCCAUUUCACUUUCCACCAUGUCCCGUGCACCUACGGUUCAACACAUCACAGAACGAAUAAACCUCGUAUGUGCACAACACAAUCUACACGCACCCCAACGAAACGUCGCUACACUGAUGCAUCUCGCUUGCGAGGUUAAACUGAAGCAACUAAUAACUCACGCAUUGACUUUAACGACCCAAUCGCUUGCCAUAUCAUCUGUGUCUAUGGCAAAAUCCUCUCAAUCGUCAAAGAUUCUAUCAACAGCGGCACUCGAGGCGUUGUUCACGAUAUCUCCAGCUGACCUUCCAAAUAAGAGUGCGGCCGUUAUGAGGUCGGCUCUUGGAGACAGAGAUGAGGAUGAUGAGGAUGAUGGCAUCCCUAUCCUCAAGAAUCGGGAGGUGAAGAAUCCAAGGUGGCAGAUCGCUGCUCUCCUUGCGCAACGCAGUGCUGUGAGGGAGACACUCCUGGGGCUUCGAUAG